GUAAGAUAAAAUUCAUUUUCCUUCUUGGACUUGUUUGAAUUAUAGCAUUAUAGAAAAUUGAAAAUGUCCGGAGUUAUUCCAUAUGUUGUUGGGUGGAGUGCUUUUGGAUUUGCGGUUAGAGUAGUUGCUUUAGCCAUUCAACAAAGACCUUUAUUAGAUAAACCUGCGACUCAUGCACUUUCAACAGUGUUUUUUGGAGGAGUAGGAUCUUAUGUUUAUUAUCUUGAGAAACGACAAUUAGAAUUAAUUCAAAAACGAGGAGAGAAUACGAAGAAGCCAAAGCAAGAGAACAUGCAAUUGUUACAUAAGGUUUUAAUAUCUCUUUAAGAAGUAAUUUUAGUUUUUUUUUAAAUUUUAUUAACGAAUAUUUUAAUUAUGUUCGGAUCAGAUUGAUGUUUAUGAAAAUAAUUUAAUUUAAAAAAAUCAAAAUGAAAAAUGGGAAAAUUUUUGAAAAAUUUUCUAAAUAAAAUCAUAUUUAAUAUGGAAGAACUUUAUUAUAAUGA